GUUACGGAUUGUUUUUCUCCUGGCGAUCCUUCCUUUGAAACUUACAAAGAAAGUGUUGGAUUUCCCCUUGUUCGAACUGAGGAAUUGCAGACCGCCUCUGGGGAGCCGGAUCUGACCCACCCCCUGUCCCCUUCUGGUACCAAAGUGCUUACUCCACUCCAAAGUGCCAUGUCAGAACUGCUACCGGGAAGAAGGGGCUCUUGAGACGUGCCCACACCUUUGCACCUGCCUUGCGCUUCCCCUUUCUUGGCCGUCUUCCCCGGCCGAAGCAGCACCGAGGAAGCACCCCGUGGAUGUCCUCCGUGGAAAUUGGUUACCCGAGGCCGGAUUCGGGGGAGGAAUAUUAGACUUGGAGGAGUCUGCGCGCUUUUCUCCUCUCGCGCCUCUCGGUCGCUGCUAGUUCACUGCUCUGUCCCUGAGCUCGCUCCCUCACCCCACCCACUUCCUGUGCUCGCCCGGGGGGUGUGUGCCUUGCAGCUGCCGGAGUUCUGGGAAGUUGUGGCUGUCGAGGAUGGGGGUCUGUGGGUACCUGUUCCUGCCCUGGAAGUGCCUCGUGGUCGUGUCUCUCAGGCUGCUGUUCCUUGUACCCACAGGAGUGCCCGUGCGCAGCGGAGAUGCCACCUUCCCCAAAGCUAUGGACAACGUGACGGUCCGGCAGGGGGAGAGCGCCACCCUCAGGUGCACAAUUGACAACCGGGUCACCCGGGUGGCCUGGCUAAACCGCAGCACCAUCCUCUACGCUGGGAAUGACAAGUGGUGCCUGGACCCACGUGUGGUCCUCCUGAGCAACACCCAAACCCAGUACAGCAUCGAGAUCCAGAACGUGGAUGUGUAUGACGAGGGCCCAUACACGUGCUCUGUGCAGACGGACAACCACCCAAAGACCUCAAGGGUCCACCUCAUUGUGCAAGUAUCUCCCAAAAUUGUAGAGAUUUCUUCAGAUAUCUCCAUUAAUGAAGGGAAUAAUAUCAGCCUCACCUGCAUAGCAACGGGUAGACCAGAGCCUACAGUUACCUGGAGACACAUCUCCCCAAAAGCUAUGGGCUUUGUGAGUGAAGACGAAUACCUGGAAAUCCAGGGCAUCACACGGGAGCAGUCGGGGGACUAUGAGUGCAGUGCCUCGAAUGAUGUGGCUGCACCAGUGGUCCGGAGAGUCAAGGUCACCGUGAACUAUCCACCAUACAUUUCAGAAGCUAAGGGGACAGGCGUCCCCGUGGGACAGAAGGGGACUCUGCAGUGUGAGGCCUCAGCAGUUCCCUCAGCAGAAUUCCAGUGGUACAAGGAUGACAAAAGACUGGUUGAAGGAAAGAAGGGAGUCAAAGUGGAAAACAGACCUUUUCUCUCAAAACUCAUCUUCUUCAAUGUGUCUGAACAUGACUAUGGGAACUACACCUGUGUGGCCUCCAAUAAGUUGGGCCAUACCAAUGCCAGCAUCACACUAUUUGAACUAAAUGAGCCUACAAGCUCAACUUUGUUGCAAGAAGUGACAACUACAGCUCUGACCCCUUGGAAAGGCCCAGGCGCAGUCAGUGAAGUGAACAACGGGACAUCGAGGAGGGCAGGCUGCAUCUGGCUGCUACCUCUUCUGGUCUUGCACCUACUCCUCAAGUUUUGAUGUGAAUGCCACUUCCCCCACUGGGGAGAAGCUGCCGCUGCCACCACCAACCCAACAGCAACUGGCAACUCCGACAGCAGCAAGAGCAUCCCCGUUUCUUAUGAGAUCUAAUCCAACAAAAUUCAGAGAAACAGAGCCUAAUGGGACACAAAUUCGAGGGAGGGGAACAAAGAAUAAUUUUGGCAAAACACAUUUCAAAGGGAAAUUGAAAAUCGCCUUGCAGGUCUUGCAGAUCAGUAUGCACAGCUGAGUUUUCUUCCUUUGCCCAAACGGAAAGAAUGUGCACCCUGCUCUGGACCCACCCGCAGCUGCAUCAUGACCUGUUUGUUACCAGGGUGGGCAGGGCUCAGCCACUCCGCCCACUGACGCACCCCAAGCAAGGAAAAUUCUGGAGUCGGCUGUUCCCAAUUCCAUAGAGAUGAACGCAUAAGGAGUCCUGCGGACCCAGAUGUGCCCCUGUGGCCCCGUUCAUAGACUGUGCCACUGUUGUGUGUGUUACAAAAUGCAAAAUUAAAGAAAAAAAAUAAAAAGGAGACUAAACAAGACAGCCUGACAGCUACAACAAUCCCACAAUCAACAGUCACAAAAAAAAAAAAAAUUGUUACACUUUUUUUGUUUGUUUGUUUUCAUUUUACUACAUGGACAUCAUGGAUAAUAAGGGAUUCUGGUUCAUUAUUAAUUUUAUUAAUUAUAUUUUCUGAUAUGAGUCUAGAAUUUAGUGCAAAAACAAGACAAGACUAAAAACAUACACAUAUGAAAGGUGAAGAGAAGUAUGUUUGUUAAACGUUAAAAAUAGUGUACUUCUAAACUAGGUUUACAACUGGUGGACCACCAGGCAUUAACCACCUGGUAAGGAUAUGUCAAA